AUGUUUAGGCAUGGAAACAAAUUAUCAAGGUCAAUGAACGGUACUGGGGGUUUUCGGGUGCCUGUACUGUUUACAGUUCUAAUUCUAUUUCUCAUGGCUUUGAUACUUUUGUUUCGAAAUGGUGGAGAGAAACCCAAUUCUUCAGUUGGGCUAGUAAAGCAAAAGUGGAAUAGUUUUGAAUCAUUGGUUCAAUUCAACCUGAAUGUGGAGUUCAGGAAUGGAACAUAUGUUAUAUGGAAAAUACUUGAUUCACCGAAGGCAGUUCUAUUUUUAGCUCAUGGAUGUAGUGGCCAAGCUAAUGAUUUUUGGGACAAAUCUUCUGAAUGCCCAAACUGUAUUGGUUUGCCUGAAGAAAGGCUAAUUGUCCUUCACACUCUUGCUCACAAGUUUGCAGUCCUUACCAUUUCGAGUGCGUUCAAUUUAACCCGAAUGUGGAGUUCAGGAAUGGAACAUAUGUUAUAUGGAAAAUACUCGAUUCACCGAAGGCAGUUCUAUUUUUAG